AUGAGCAUUUCCAGUGGUCCCGGCCAGCGGCCAGCCAAUUCGAGGCGCGCUUCUCUUCUGGAUCGCCGACAGCAACUGACGGAGAGCCUGGACGAUGCGCCGUAUGACAUGAUGCUGUACCUACGGCGGGCGGCGGUCUAUGCUGAUAUGGGCUACCCGGAUCUGGCGGCCGGUGAUGCCUACCGCGCGCUGCUGUUGACCGACGAGGCCAACGACGAGAGCUUUGAGUACCAUGAGCAGGCAGUCGAGGCCCUGGACGCAUAUGUGGGAGAGCAGCUGCCCGAAGUGCUAGAGAAGUAUGCGAUUGGGACUCAAACGACAAGACAGAACUGCUCGCGCGAGGAGCUGGUGGCAGCAGCGGCCGUGCGAUGCUACCAGCUACUGUCACGCAGUCUGUUGCAGUGUGGCUGUCUGCGUAGCGCAAACAGCUUCUGCGAGCGCGGCCUGGCUGCGGCAGCAGGACCAGAAGACGAGAGGCUGCUACGAAAAACGCAGGUCAGCAUCCAGACGGCGGCUCGGAAAAGGAUGCCGCGUCGACGAGGCUCAGACGGCUCCAACGAGACUCAGACCAUCAGCCCUGCAGAUCUUCCGGACCGCGGAAUCGUGCGGCGCGAGCUGUAUCCCUGGAACACACACGAGCCAGACCGAACAUCGGCCGAGGCGGUGGCCUUCUUGAAUAAGCAGCUAGCAGCAGUAGCACCCAAGUGUACGGUACGGGCGACUGAGCUGCCGGUGCUGGCGGACAACGGCAACAAGCGGGCUAGCGAUGCGGCGACGUGCUGGCAGCUGGGCGUGUUUGCCACAGAGCCGAUUGCGGCCGGCGAGGCUGUGCUGCGCGAAUACUCGCUGCUGACGGCCAACAACCGGCACAAGGAGUCGGUGUGCGAUGCGUGCAGCAGUGAGCUGCCAGAGCUGGACGCCAGCAGCAACGGCGGACCGGUUGGCUGUCCGGAGUGCGACGACACGGUCUUCUGCGACGCCUUCUGCCUAGAGCAGGCGCAGGCGCGCUACCAUCCGGCCGUCUGCGACAAGGACGUCGAUGCGAUCGCCAAGGACCCCGACGACGCGCGCGAUGCCGACGAUGCGCUGUACGUGCUGCUGCUGGCCCGCCUGCUGGCCAUGGCGACUCACCAGGAGCGUCACCCGCUGGACAUUGACGAGGUGAUCUACAUCUGGGGCGACUUUGCGGCGGUACAGGACGGCGACGCGGCCGAUGACGAGGCCGACGACCACGACCACGACCACGACGAUGAUGUUGUCCCGCGCGGCACGCUGCCCUUUAGCUUCGACGUCAACAUUGCCACACCGCUGCACAUGCUCGAGAAGAUGGACCUGGACGUGUUUGCCGAGCUGGCGCGCUACGACGUCUGGGUGCUCAACACACUGUACGCCAAAUUCCGCGGCACGGCGUCGGCGCGCAAGAGUCGUCGCGACGGCCGUCCCGACGUAGCCGCCGUCCAUCCGCUCUGGUGUCUGGCCAAUCACGACUGCGACCCCAACGUGACCUGGGAGUGGGGUGGCCGCAUGGUGCUGUCCGCCCGCCAGGAGCGCGUCCUGGGGCCUCGGCCGGGCGGCAUUGCUGCCGGUGACGAGAUCCUCAGCCACUACUGCGACGUGGACCUGCCGGUGCAGCAGCGGCGUGAGUGGGCUAGCGGCAGCCUCGGCGGAUGGUGCAUGUGCGGCCGGUGUCGAGCUGAGGCGGCCAGCAGCGGCGAGACUGUCUGA